CUAGAGUCAACCUUUGUUUCUCAUCCACUUUGUGACCAUAAAGAGCCCCAAUAGCCUAAAGCCCCCGCCCCCCCCCUCCAAAAAAAAACAAACCCAUAAAUGUUACUUACGGGCGUGCACAGCAUGCUGCAGAAUUCAAAGGAAAGAGAUUUAUGCUCAAUCGUCGCAUUUUAAUACAUUUAUGGAGCGCGCUAGUGAAUUCAUUAUUACACCAUAUGUUAAUGCAGCUGGUGUGUGUGUGUGUGUGUGUGUGUGUGUGUGUGUGUGUGCGCGAGCAUCUCUCUCUCUCUCUCUCUCCCCCUCCCUCCCACCCCCCAGCGUGCACUGUGGUCUUUGGAGGAGAACCAGGAAAACAACUGGCCGUGUGUGCACGCCUAUAAAUAUGAGAAGAGGCUGCAGACUGCAGGCUGAACGCGCACCGCGUAUUGUUCUCGGCACGGGCGGGAGAGGACCGAGCCGAUCCCCGUCGCGCCCGUCCACCUUCGCGCCACGACGAGGAGCCGAGCGGACGAACGGAGCGAUGAGGAGGGUGUUCGGAGCGUGACUCCACAGAUGGACCCCCUGUGUCACGGAGCCAAGAAACCAGAGGGCGCAGAUCCCAAUACAGACCUGAGGCCCCCUCCUGCCAAGAUGGCCCGUCUGGAGCAACAUGGAGUUGGAAGCACCGUGCAAGAGAGAAGCAAGCAGGCGAGCCCCGGGACUAAAAACCCUUCUUAUCUGGUCCAGAAAACCACCACGGGAAGGCAUCAGCACAAGAACUCUCAUCAGCCAAGAGGAAGCUCACUGCCUGUCUUCUGCGUGGUGGAGCACACGGAGAGUCCCGCGGAGGGAGAGAGGAAAGAAGACCAUGCCGAAUUUGUCCUGAUCAAGAGAGAUCUGCUCUUCAACCAGCUCAUCGAGAUGGCCCUGCUGACGCUGGGAUACUCGCACAGCUCUGCCGCUCAGGCCAAAGGUUUGAUCCAGGUGGGCAGGUGGAACCCGCUGCCUCUUUCGAGUGUGACGGAUUCUCCAGACGCCACCGUGGCUGAGAUGCUCCAGGAUGUCCACCAUGUCAUCACCCUUAAAAUACAACUGCAGAGCUGCCCCAAACUGGAGGACUUGCCGGCGGAGCAGUGGACGCACUCGACUGUUCGGAACUCGCUGAAGGAACUUCUCAAGGAAAUGAACCAGAGUUCACUGGCCAAGGAGUGUCCUUUGUCUCAGAGCAUGAUCUCAUCCAUAGUCAAUUGCACCUACUACGCCAACGUUUCAACGGCCAAAUGUCAGGAGUUUGGACGAUGGUAUAAACACUUCAAGACAACCAAAUGCAACAAGAUCGACGCUUUCCCAGAGCAGUCGUCGCAUCUUUCCAACACGCAGCAGCAGCAGCAGCCGCCCAUCAACGGCAGCGCAUCCGAUCAGAGCUCAAGCCUUCUUUACCUCCACGGAGGGAUGGCCAACAUGGUGGCCGGAGCCUCCCCUCACAGUAUUUGCAACUCCGGGUUGCUCACCCAGACCCUCAGCAGAUCUCAGCAGCAAGUCAUGACUCAAAUCCUAAACCAGCAAUACGCCGUACGCCUCAUGCUAACGGGACAGGGGCUCUCGCCGGCCUCACAACAAUAUCUCAACCACGCGUCUGCAGGGAGGGCUCCAGCCAAAGUCUUCCCCAAAGCACCCGAUCCCCAAGGCCCUCAGCAGGCCCAAGACGGAUCUCAUCCGGCCGCGCCGCAACACCAGACGUCAGCCGGGUCGUGUCUGGGGUUGGUUGAUGUGCCGAAUGACAUCUACCACUGCGUGCGUGAGGAAAUGAAGAGAGCGGGAAUUUCUCAGGCCAUCUUUGCGCGAGUGGCUUUCAACAGGACCCAGGGCCUACUCUCAGAGAUUUUACGAAAGGAGGAGGACCCGAAAAAUGCCUCGCAGUCUCUGCUGGUCAACCUGAGGGCCAUGCACGGCUUCCUGCAACUCCCCGAGGCGGAACGAGAACGCUUCUACCAGGAGGAGAAAGAGCGAAGCCUGACUGGAUUCACGCCCAGCUGCAACAACACGCCGCCAAGAUGCACUCAGGCCAGAUUGUCACCAGUUACAACAGACCGAAGUGUGAGGACAGACAGUUGCGUUCUCAACGUCAGCGCCUCCAUCUACGAAGAGAUCCAGCACGAAAUGAGGCGAGCUAAAGUGUCCCAGGCUUUGUUCGCCAAGGUGGCGGCAUCCAAGAGUCAGGGCUGGCUGUGUGAGCUACUUCGUUGGAAGGAAGAUCCCAGUCCAGAGAACCGAACACUGUGGGAUAACUUGAGCCUGAUUCGCCGUUUCCUUAGCCUGCCCCAGACCGAAAGAGAUGCGAUUUACGAGCAGGAGAGCAUAAAUCCUGCGCAGAACUGCACUGAGAGACGUACACUCCUCGGCAAUGAAAACGUACUGUAUCAACGCAACGCUCUGCUGUCUCAGCCACACCAUCUGCAACCUCACCAACCCUUGCAUCCAGAAGCAGGACCUCAUUUGUCACCACGGCAACCAUGCACCGCAUCGCCCGCCGAGCUGGAGACCGGAAGCAACGGGGGGGUUUUGAGAGUCGGCCUGCAAGGCCAAAGCAAUAGCGAGGAAUUAGUUGAGGGAGGAGAAGAAGACAAUGGCAGUUUUGCGGUCGACUGGAAUUACCCGACGAAAGUGACAAAUGCCGAAAGUGAUGAUCCGGAAACUGAAGGUGGAGAAAACAUAAAGGAAACAACGAUCAAGGAAAAGAUUCAAGUGGAGUGGCCAUUUUUGAAGGACGAUGACGCCGACGGGUUUGGGAUUUGUGCCGAGGCACGUCAUGAAGGUGAGGUCCAACACGUGGGAUUACGAGUGUCCCAUGAAGCCUUGGGCAUUUUGCAGAGCUUCAUUCAAGACGUGGGCCUCAAUCCAGACGAGGAGGCGGUCCACACCCUGUCAGCUCAACUGGAUCUGCCCAAACACAUCAUCCGGGGCUUCUUCAAUAGCCAAGACCUCGUAUCCGGUCGACAGCAUGAGCAGGGUCAGCGCUGCAGUCAGAUCGUAAAGCACAGACAAGAGAGCCCGCAUGGCUGCGCAGACAGGACCACGACAGUGGAAAGAACUGAGCGGCACCAGGAGGAGGAGGUAAAGACUGAAACGGAAGAAACGAAUGAGGAAAAAAGACUAAUUGUGAGACGUGGCACAAUGAACAUGAUUACUUUAAAAGGGCUGGAUAUUAGUACUCAGACCCUUCCCACAAUGAAGGAAGAAGAUGAGACCUACGGUAUGUCGAACUCAAUUAAUAAUGUUCAGCCAUGAGAUGCGUCUCUUCCCUCGCCUUAGUUCGGAGUCCGGAUGCAUCCUUGCGAGAUCAAUUUCAGUUGUUUACAACACAGGCUGUUUCUCUUUUUCCCUCUUGUGGUGUAUGAACACUCACAAAACUGUUUAUGUACUUUGAGUCACAUUCCAAAUACAGUAUCACAUUUUCUGACUGUAUGUGCAGUUAUGAUGACCCACAAUGUAGCUACUUUUGCCCCCUAUAGGCUCAGAUAGCAUAAUCACGAAAAGAACUGUAGCUAUCAUUUAGCGUUCCCAAAACGUUCAGACCAGAAUUGUGUGUCCGUCUCUUAUCAUGUCUUGCAUAUUCCUACUCCAUUUGUUAAAAUUAUAUGGAAAAUGUGCUAUGUCGUCCUCCCUCCUCCCUUUUUUUGUAUGAUUGCCCCUGUUUCAAGUGCAAGUUCUUUUUUUUUUUUAAGAUAUCAUAACAUGUCGUAAAAUCUUAUGACAGCAAGUAUACUGCAGUCCUCAAUAAAUAAACAAGCUGAAUGAAUCAAGAACAUACCAAGUGAUCCAAGCAAGAAUUAUGUUUUGUUAAUAAUCACAGAAUACAUCUGAUAU